AUUCUUUUGUAUUAGUAAAAGCGUCCGGGCUAAUCUUCGUAUCGAUUUUCUUUGAUAGUGAACGAUUCGUGAUUUCUUGUUUGAGCUAUAGCUUUUUACUAUUUGCGUUUCUGCUCUUCGGUGGUUUUAUUUUGAUUUAAAUGAAGAAUCGAAAAUUGUAACAAUUGAAAGAGAGAGCACCUCUUUAUUAUUAAUCAUUAUCCACGUAUAAACGAUUUGCAAAAAGAUAAUCGAGACUACGCACUUUAUAUCAGAAUUAGCGACGAGAUAUUGUAAAACUGAUUAACACUGCGCAAAUUUUUAUACUACAAAAGGAAUUUCUGAUACUGACAAUUUUAGAAAUGCAUCAAAAAUACGAGUUCAGUAUUCAAUGUCUACCAAGUGUCGCUGUUUUAUCAUUAUUUUAUCGUGUCACUGUUUCAAUUUGCAGAUACAUGUUUCCAAAAAGAAAGAGAUUCGUAGCACCAUCGGCGAGAUGGCUAGAAAUGAACUAUAGUAUGCACUGUCCAUUUCGUAAUUUUUAUCGGAGGAAAAAUUAAUAUGCUCCACUACAACGGCCUGCUCAACCAGUCGCCCCUCAACCCUUCGGGCGUGUCCGAAUUUUUAAUAGCGCGUCAUCGCCGGUGACGUUGCCAAUCGGGAGACUCGCGAAUUGUCAGACGACGCUGUCAACCUCUGGAAUUUCACAAGCCGGACGGCCGCGUGCGCGGCGAACUUGGCGCGCAUACGUACGUCCGCAGUGUGCGGUGUCCGCGGUUUUGCGCGGCCAAGUCCGGUCAGUAUGCGCCUGGCCCGGCACGGUCGUGGAUCGCGGCGUUGUGGUGCGAGGCGCGCCGCCCGCGAUGGAGCUGCGCGAGAUGAGCCGCGCGUACGGCACUGCGGAGGAGACCGCGGAACUCCUGCCGCAGCGCGACAGCGCGCCCGAGUACGAGAGCUACUUCGUCGAGUACGCGAUGCAGAAGGAGAUGAUCAAUCGCAACCGGUGCUCCGCGAGCCGACGAUUGCUCAGCCAGACCGCACACCUGGAUUUCAAUUUUUCCAAUAGCAAUCACUCCAAGGAUUCACCAUGUGCCGGAAUCACCAUGAUCCACACCUCGAGCGAGAACUGGCCGCCGUCCAGGAAGCGCGAGGAGGCGACGGCUCUGGAGAACCUCAGGAAGAGGGUGGAACAGAGCAAGCUGUUCAAGGCGGAACGAAUUACCGAUCCCGUCGUAGCCACCACGUCUUCGAUAAACUACGAGCUGACUCAACAGCAGCUGGACAAUCGGCCGAAACUUCUCAAGAAGAUACUCAGCAACCGGCCGAUGAGUAUCACGCACGACAGGAGCGACUUGGAGACCGACUGGCGCGACAGCGAGUUCAUCACCGAGUGCCUUUGCUGGCACAACGUUUAUCGGCAACGGCACAACGCACCCCCUUUGACCAUGUCACCCCAGUUGUGCGAGUACGCGCAAUCGUGGGCUAAUCAUCUGGCGCACACGAACACGUUCUAUUAUAGGAACGAUCGGAACGUAGGUCACAAUCUCUAUUGUCGUCCCGGUAGCGGGGUACCCGGCGAUAUCACGGGACAAGAAGUCGCGUCCUACUGGUACUCCGCCGUGAGGCAAUACGACUUCCUCAAGGAACCGGACAUUCUUCACGCCAACGUAAACGCAGGUCACUUCACCCAGCUGAUAUGGGCGAGGAGCCGUUACUUCGGGGUCGGCAAGGCGUGCAGCAGAAGCGGCAAGGUGAUCGUGGUGGCGAACUACGAACCGGUGGGCAACGUGUCCGGCCAAUUUCAGAACAAUGUGUUUCCGCCGUUACCCGAGAAUAUGAAUGUGGUGAUGUCGCCACCCUCUGUGCGGGUGUCGCGGGGACAGUAUGAGCCACUGAGGUCGACGGCGCCGCCCUUGUCGCCACCGUUACCGCCGCCGUUACCACCUCUGCUGUCGGACACCGCGUCCACCGCCAGCGACACCAUGUCCGUCAGCUCCGGCCAAUAAUACCACGGCCGUUUGAAAUGCCUUCUCUGUAUUUGCGCGCGAUGGGCCGGACGCUGAGGACGAAAAGAAAAGAGACAGAGAGAAAGAGGCCGACCCUUCGCGUGCCGUGAAUCAAAGACUUCGGACACGCGAGACACGAUGACCGAUAUCUCUGUCGGAAAGGGCGAAAUGUUCCCGAAGCUUUUCAUUAAUGCGUCGAUACGUAUUUCUUGAAAAGCUUCUGAAAAGUUUCCUGAAAGGUAGCACGUGGCUGAAAAUAGCAUCUCGAUUAUACGCGCUAGCUAAAUUGCCAUCAUAAAUUCAAUAAAGUAUAAGCUCAAAAAUAUAAACUCAAUAAGCAAUAAAUCAAUAAGCAAUUGAUUAGCUGUUGAAAAAUAUUGCAACAUUGCUUAUGUUCUGCUGUUAUAAUUUUAUCCCGACUCGACCACAUUCAGUAAUUUUCCAUGGAAAUGUCGGUCAUCAGGUUUUACUGCCAGAUUUCAGCUACCGCUUGCAAAAGCAGUGAUAAUCAAAGAUACACCGAGCUUCGUCGUGAUAGCUGAUAAUGUGUAAUAAUUAAAUCGAGCGGUACAAUCUGCGAUGUAAUUAUUGACAGUGACGUGAUUUUUCAUUUGAAAUAAUACGCUAGAUAGGAAGGCAAGAUACCUGAAAAAGUGGAAGACAACAUUAAGUAACAAAAAAUAAUCAAAAUUAUAUUAGAAUUAAAGAAACAAGACUAAUGAAUAUUGAAAUAAAGUUCCUUGCUCUCUUUCUUGACAAAGUUUCUUCCUUUUGUAUGUGUAUGGUAGGAGAAAGCUAAUUUAAAAAAAAGUCACGUCACUGUUUGUAAUAAAUAAUAGAAGCUCAAAUUCGAAUAGCCGUACUUAUUUUGGGUUUGGCAAGAAAAUUAGAAACAAUCGAGUUUGUAACUUGUUUUCAGAUUUUUCUAAGUUCAUUCGCUAAUUAUCCAUUGCAUAUCAUGUAUGUAAGAGCAAAGUGAAAGUUGGAAUUGUUCAGAACACCCAGAGGUUCUAUCUAUUUUGUACGACGGUUUAGAGUUGGCACUCGCUUAAAGGACUCCUAGUCAUGUAAGAUAUAUUUGAGAAGCCUAAAUAACGAAUUGCGCCUAGCGAGGAGACAUAAUAUUUUGCACAUACCUUUCCGUCCUGUUAAAACUUAACAAAUCAAUGGUUUGCGGAAUGCGGGGUUUGAGUUUCUUAGUGUUAAAAACGAAUGUUCCUAUCGAGUAGCGAGGAUCAGUGUGUUCCCCAGAGGUUGGCCUGGGAAAAUAAACGAAAUCAAAAAUCGAAAGAAAACAUUGAGAAAGCGAGAGAAAUUGCAAUCGAUGCGGUCUACAUUGCUCAUUGUUAGAAGUAUUCGUGGGAUUAAUCCUAGAGCAGUCAGAUAGGAUCUGCGAUACUUGAUCCUAAAUAAUAGUAAGUGUAAAGAUGGAAACUGAUCGGAAGGGCAGUCUGCGAGAUUUAAUUUCAUACGAUAAAUUUAAACUUAGAAUUAAAAGAGAAGCUAUUCAGCACCAUACGUAUAUUCAUAUCUUACAUCUAGUGCUAAUGUCGGAUAUGAAUAUAGAAUUUUCAAGUAGCUUAGUGCUGUCCUUAUUUAACAUGACGAUAUCGAGUCUCGACGGAAAUGGAAUUGAAUAGACUUAAUCGUUCUAGGACAAAUUGAACAUAACGAAGUCUUUAAUUGAGACAGGCAUUCAUUUGGAAGCGACAAUUAUCACGAAUCCCUCGCUUUCAACAUAGAACAAACACAAAUACGUACGUUACGUCUGAAGUCUGCCAGACUGUUUGAUAAUCAUAAUCACAGAGAGACAACUAGCUGAGCGAUUAUAACAGUGCUUUACGUUUCGCCUUGUCAAUGAUGAUUUAUCGUAAAGUACGACACGAGAUUAAAUCAUCCGUUCCCCAAUUAAUCCUAUGGAACGAAAAGAGAAACGAACGGGAGAAUCGAAUGGUGAUUCGAGAAAAUUUUUAGCUCGACAUAGAUAGUUGCUUCGAAUGUUGUUGCAGCGCACUAAAUAAGAUGUACAUAUGACACUCGAUUUACGCGAGAUUGUUAAUGAAGCGACAUCGAUUAUUAGAGGAAGGUCUCUCAGGUACACAAAUUAUUGCGGCUAUCCUUAAAGCAAGUUACAGCGAUUUUUGUAAUUCGACCCUGUUGGCCCGUGACGUUAGAGAGUAUAUUAAAGGUAGAUUGUUACGAAACAGAAAUUAUUUUUUACAAAUAGAUUGUUGUAGACAGAAGAGGAAUUAUUUUUCGCUCGUAGUCGACCGACUAGUACCUCGCUUUCUAAAACAUGCGAAAUAGAACGUAAUACAAAGCGUAAGCUGUAAGGAGACACGUUUUGUCUCUUUGCAUUAGAUUCUCGCUUCUGUAGAAUCUUAUGUGAUGUUACAUAAAACGAUAAAAUCGUUGAUUAAUCGAUCGCACAUGAAAUACCAAUGCUCACGAUUCACUUAAUCGAAUUACCCAGUUAGUUCAAUCGCGCUUCGUGUAACUUAAUGUGAGAUUAUCGCCCGAGCUCGUGGCAUAAAACAACGUGCGUUCCACAAUGUUGAUAAUAAUGUUUACUUAUAGCGCACAGGGUUAAAUAACGACCGUUCGAUGUGAUAAUUAAGAGGCUUUCAUUAAUCUAAGAAUGUUAAUAAAAUCAAAUUACCGUGAGUAUUGACGGGGUCGAAAUGGUUGUUUGUCGCUUUUGUGUGUUCUUUUCUUCGUAUGCAGCGCAUGCGAGCUGUUAAAAAGCAAUUUGCGAGUGGAGUAUUUUAAAGUGCGUGUACGCUCACCUUGACAAUCGAUACUGAAACGUCGUUUCAUUUAUAUAUAUAUUGAACGUGAUUUGGAGGCCGAAAUUAAAGUCUACGGACGAAGUGUCCGCAGAUUUUAAUUUUAAUGACAGAUUCUGUCAUGAAUUCAAAACUACCCUUACGGAAAAGCACCGAAAUAAUUAUUAGAAAAUUACUGUACAUCAGUAAUUUCUGAUAGUUCAAUUACUGAUAUACAGUAAUUUUCUAAUAAUUAUUUCGUUACUUUUUCGUAAGGGUAUCUUUCCUCUCGACAGGGUUUCAUUAAAAGAAAUCACUUCCUAAACGUUAAUCUUUAAAAUGAGGUACUUUGAUAAUUCUGUCUCAAAUAUAUUCCUGUUAAUGAGAAAUCUAUUUGAAAUUAGUCUGUUCUUUUAUUGAACUUUGAGAAUGUAACUUUAUAUAGUUAUGCGUGUAUAUUAAUCCGCAAUGAUACAAUUGCGCUUAACUCUUUACGAAAUUCUAGUGAAAGCAAUCAGAAUGUGAGUUACAGGAAAUGGUGAUGAGAAGAAUCCUAGAUUAUUUAUUCUAUUAUAAAUAUAUUUUUUUAAUAUAGGUAUAGAUUUUGCUAUUAUUGAUGAUAGUCUAUCGGAUCUGCCAGAAGCUCACGUAGUUUAUUAUUAGCUUUGGUAACGUUCAAUCUUUAAUAAAAACUCUCAAUUCAUUAUCGAUCCCUAAUCGCUUUAUACAUGUAUGUAGAAAUAAAAUUAUCAAAAAGUUAAAAGUGGAACGACGUUAAUGUAAUCGUUGUUGUUAAAGCGCAGGGCAUAGCCUUAACAAAAUGGAUUAUAUGCAUUGCAUUCCGACGUAUUUUAUAACGAUGAGUGUUAAUAAAGUCGUCUCUUCUUUUGCAGA